GGAGCGGCGGAGUCCGGUCACACCGAGCUUCUGACCGGGGACAACAUGUGGUCGCUGUGGCUGAUCUGGGUUUGUUUGGAGCACAGCUCGGGCCUGCUGUCUCAUGUGCAGAACUACGAGGUGGUUCGACCUCAGAGACGUCAGGACAGACGGACCAGGAGCCUGCGGGUCAACCAGGUGAGGACGCCUUACCUUAAUUGUUUCAUUUCCCUGCAGAUUUAUCCUGACAGAGUUCAGUACGACCUCACCAUCGAAGGGAGAAACCACACCAUUCAUCUGGAAAAAAACUGGAAUCUUCUCAGUGAAAACUACACAGAAACGUUUUAUUCAGGCGAUGGAGAAAGAGUGACGGUGUCCCCCACUGAGGAGUUCUGCUUCUACCACGGACACGUCCAGAACCAGGCCGACUCCUCGGUCAGCGUGGGGAUCUGUUCGGGCAUCAGCGGCUUCCUGAGAGUCGGCCCGCAGCUCUACCUGAUCCAACCGCUGGGACGGACCGACCGCGAAGAACACGCAGUUUAUAAACAGGAGCAGCUGAAGGUCGGCGGCUAUGGCUCCGCCUCCUCCAGCGCCACUACGCCGUGUGACCAGGACCGGAUGCCUCAGCCCGCCGCUCUCCUCAAGUCCAGAUCAUGGAACUCGGAGCGACUCGCGGGUCCUCAGAGGUUCGUGGAGCUGUUCGUGGUGGCGGACAACACCGAGUACCAGCGGUACGGUAAAGAGACCAGCUCCCGUGUUCUUGGCGCUGUGAAUCACGUCGACAAGCUGUACCGCUCUCUGAACAUCCGCAUCGUUCUGGUGGGUUUGGAGGUUUGGUCGUACAGAGACCACAUCAGCGUUGACCCAAAACCAGAGACUACUCUGGACAACUUCCUGGCGUGGCGUAGAUCCGACCUCCUGCAGAAGACGAAGCACGACAACGCUCAGUUUGUGACAGGCAGAAUCUUUGACAACGACACCGUGGGACUGGCCAACAAGUUCGCCAUGUGCACCGAGAACUCCGGGGGCGUCAAUCAGGAUCACCAAGAAAACCCGCUGGGCCUCGCCUCCACCAUUGCUCACGAGAUGGGCCAUAACUUUGGGCUCUCCCAUGAUGCCGCGGGCUGCGUGUGCGGUCCGACGUCCAGCAGCAACUGUGUGAUGACCGAGCGGCUCCGCCUGGGGGGUCAGGUGUUCCCAGAGUUUUUCAGCGGCUGCAGCGUGCGGCAGCUCUCCGAGUUCAUGGAGCGCGCUCAGCCCGGCUGCCUGCACCGACCCGUCUCCGUCAGAACCGUCGCCGUGGGCCCCCUCUGUGGCAACGCCCUGCUGGACCCCGGGGAGGAGUGCGACUGCGGCACGGAGGAGGAAUGUGCCAGUCCCUGCUGUGAUGCAGCAACAUGCCGUCUAACUGAAGGAGCCCAGUGUGCCGAGGGUCAGUGCUGCGAGAGCUGCCAGAUCAGAGCAUCGGGCAGCGUGUGCAGGAAGUCCUCCGGUGUCUGCGACCUGCCUGAACACUGCACCGGAGAAUCACCGGAGUGUCCGGAGGACAGCUUCCAGAUGAACGGACUGCCCUGCUCCAACCAGGCGCCGGGCUUCUGCUACGACGGCCGCUGUCCCACACGGGAGCAGCACUGCUGGAGGCUGUUUGGAGACGGGGCCGCAGUCGGACCGGAUCUCUGUUUCAACCUGAACAAACGAGGCGAGGAGGGCGCCAACUGUGGGAGGGACCAGUCCGGCUUCGUCCCGUGUGCUGCUGCGGAUGUGAAGUGCGGGUCCACGUUCUGUGUGGGAGGAGGCGAGUCCAUCACCGGUAAACGGGCCGGCUACACCGUCUUCGGCCUCGAGUGCAAGCUGACGGUGGAGAACGACAGAACCAGAAGCAUCGACAUGGUGCCCAACGGAACCAAAUGUGGACCCAGUAAUGUUUGCCUCGGCAGCAGAUGUGUGGAUGUUUCCGUUUACGGCAACAAGGAAGAUUGUGCAAAGAAAUGCAGCAACAACGGCGUGUGUGACCACAGGAAUCGGUGUCACUGCGAUCCGGGCUGGGCUCCACCGAACUGCAGCACCAAGUACACAGGUGUACCUCCACCAGGUCCGAACGUGACGGCGGCGGCGGCGUGCGCGGCGUCCUCCUGCCUCCUGGUGGUCGUCAUGGUAACUGCAGGCCUGAUGCGCUGCAGGAGGAGCAGCUCCACCCGCAGAAGGAAGGUGAAGUCAGCUCCCAGGAAACUGAACCCGGUGUUCAGAGACAGACCUGAGAUCAGCCGGCCGACUCUGCUGGAGUCCACAGCCUCUCAGGCCUGCAGCCUUCUGGUCGUGGCUCCUCAGGUAGACCCGGCUCGUCCAAGUCCAAACAGUUUGAACCACCAAGCUCCUGGUCCCCUCCAGCCCCCCCAGGCACCGGCUGCAGGACCAUCAGCCCCCGAAACCCAGCAGAUCCAAGGAGUCAAAGCCGGACCUCCACCUGUUCCCAGGACCAAACCCACCCCCCCUCCCCCCCGGCGCCCAGCGAGGCCUGGACUUCACAGACCCACAUGA